AUGUCUCACAAGAUCAAGGACAUAAAUGAAAAUUUCAAAAAAAUAAACAACGUAGCUGAUGAACUUCGCCUCAAAAGAGAAUUCAAAGAUUAUCAUCUUGCACUGCCUCGAGCCAUUGAAACUACCAGCUUCACUGUUGAUCCAUUUGUCAUUGGAAGAGAAAAUGAUGAAUCAGAAAUUCUGGAGACGAUAACUAGCUCAGUCAAUAAUGUCCUUUCAGUCCUUCCCAUAGUCGGAAUGGGAGGGCUUGGCAAGACGACUUUAGCACGCAACAUCUUCAAGGACCCUCGUACACAAACCCAUUUUGACAAAAGGAUUUGGGUCUGUGUAUCAGAAAAUUUUGAUCAGCUGAAUCUUUUUAAAAGGAUCCUGGAAUUAUUAGUGGACAAAGAUUUUUAUGGAGGUAGCAUGGAAGCUGUUGUUCAAAAGGUUGCAGAGGAAUUAAAGGACAAAAGGUACUUGAUUGUUCUUGAUGAUUUAUGGAAUGAAGAAACACGUGAAUGGAAUGUUUUCAAGAAUACUCUGGUGGGAGUUAGCUCCAAUGAAGGAAAUUUCAUUAUCGUCACCACACGUAAGGAAAAGGUCGCAUCUAUUGUGAACACUUGCGAUCAUCCAUACAGCUUGAGACCAUUGGCAGAUCAUGAUUGCUGGUCCAUAAUCAGAGAAAUGACAUUUCAAAAUAAAAAAGUACCUACACAAUUUGCGAUUACUGGAUUGGAGAUUGCUGGGAAAUGUGGAGGAUUUCUUUCUGAGAUGGAGGAUAGAGGCGAUGAAUUUUUUAAUAUUUUGUUGAAAAAUUUCUUCUUCCAAGAGCCCGAAAAGGACAAGUAUGGCAAUAUCAAAUCGUGCAAGAUGCACGAUCUUGUCCACGAUCUUGCAUGUUCAGUUUCGAAAUCGGAAGGUUUCAUGGAUACGGAUGGUCGCACUGCUGAUGACAAUGUUCAAGUUAGACACCUUGCGAUAGAAUCAAUUGGAGAGGAAACACGCAAGGUCAUGAAAGAGAAAGCAAGUUAUCUCCGCACAUUGUUCUUGAGACACUGGGUACCACGUGAAAUUUUGCCGUCCUUCAAGCAUUUGCAUUCUCUAAAGCUGUGUAAUGCAUUUAUUCUAGAAUUGCCAGAAUCAAUUGGCACGUUGAAACAUUUGAGAUAUUUUGAUGUGUCCACGAAUCGUCAUUUCACUACUCUGCCAGAAUCUAUUUGCAAGCUCUACCUUUUGCAAACCUUGAGGAUCCCAGGUCUAAGGCUUCCUAGAGAACUGCAAUUCUUGAUUAGUUUAAGGCAUCUCUGUUUUGAUGAUGAUGACUAUGAUUUCGAGAUGCCACCUAAUAUCGGAAGUUUAUCUUGCCUUCAAACAUUACCAGUAUUUUGUUUGAGUGACAAGGAAGGUUGUCGAAUUGAUGAGCUAGGAAAGUUGAAGAAAUUAAAGGGCGAACUAAAAAUACGGAAUCUGAAAUUGGUGAGCGGCAAAACAGAAGCUGAGCGUGCAGAUAUGGCCGGAAAGCUAAACAUUUAUAAGCUACACUUUCAUUGGAGAGAGUCAACGGAUUCCACAGAAAGUAACAUCAAUGAUGAGAGUGUACUUGAAGGGCUGCAACCUCAUGAAAAGCUAAAAGGCCUAACGAUUGAAGGAUUCCGAGGUAAAAACUUUCCAUUUUGGACUAGAAAUAUGGGAAUAUAUAAAGGCAUUGGAGGCAAUCUGGUGAUAUUUGAUAAAUUGAUCGAGAUCAAAAUUAGUUAUUGUUAUGAAUUAGAAGAAAUCCCAAUGCUCGGCCACCUACCACUCCUCAAGGAUCUAAAGCUCUUCUAUCUGGAAAAUGUAAGAUCGAUAACACCAUCAUUCUAUGGAGAGAGUGAUUGCAGCUCAACUAGCAACAACGAUGGCCAAGGAACAAGAGUAUCAUUCCCGUCACUUAAAUUUCUUACAUUAAGUGAAGUGCCGAACCUGACAGAGUGGGAAGAACCACAAACGAACAGAAUGCAGGUAUUUCCUUGCCUUGAAUAUUUGACGUUAGACGGGUGUUAUGAGUUGACUCGUGUUCCCCACUUGCGGGGCAGCGAAGCUUCUCUUAAAGAGAUGAUAAUUGUGUUUUGUAAUGAAUUGAGGGAAUUACACUAUGACCUAGGCAGCCUCCAGUUUCUUGAGAAAUUGGAAAUAAGGUUAUGUGAAAAUCUGCAAUCAAUUUCGUAUCAAAAUGGACAAGAAGGCCUCCGUUCCCUUCGGAGCUUGGACAUUAGUUAUUGCGAUGAGUUGAGAAAACUGCCAAAUGAAAUGCUAGAGUGUAGUAAGUCUCUACAGCGUCUAUCUGUUACGAGUUGCCCGAAUCUCACUUCGCUUCCUGAAAUGAGGGGGAUGGGAUCCCUACGGCGUCUGGAGGUGUAUAGAUGCUAUAAUCUCACUUCGUUUCCUAAAUUGAGUUUGAUUGGAUGCCUUAAUAGCUUAACAGAAUUGUCGAUUGGGGUAUUCUCAAAGUUCAAUUCAUUUCAAGAUUUUCUCGACGAUAUCAAAUACAUAAAAUCCCUUGAGAAAUUAGAGUUAUUUGGCCGAGAGGAUUGGGUCUCUUUACCAUAUCAGCUUCAACAUCUCACUUCUUUAAAAGAAUUGAAAAUAUGGGAUUUUAGUAACGCAUUGCCAGAGAGAUGCAAGGUAGAAAGCGGUCCUGAUUCUGAGUGGCCAAAAAUUUCUCAUAUUCCUCAUGUACUGUUACAGGGUGGGUUUAAGAAAUCUGAAAUCGUGAUUUUCUCCACUACAAGUUGGAAAGUGACAGGAACCAUAGGCAUUUCAUCCAUUUUUCUUGCUUUGUAA